AUGACAGAGACGCUCCAAAACGAGGUUCUUGAACUAGCGAAAACCGCGAUGUCUUUGUAUUCCGUUGAGAAAGAUAUCGCAAAACACAUCAAAUGUCAGCUCGACUCCCUGAAAGGAGGAGUAUGGCAUGUUGUUGUUGGAAAAGAAUUUGGAUCCUAUAUUACCCAUGACCGAAAUUGUUUCAUUCACUUUUCGAUCGGCGACUAUUCUUUUCUUGUAUUCCGUAUUGGCUAA